UGUCCCAUGGGACGUCGUUUUCGUUUUCAAAUUUUAAGAUGGCGGGCAAUGUUGAUAAACAAGAGCGACAUCUUGAGGAACUUGAAAAACUAAAGAAAGAAUUGAUUUUGGACUUCAGCUCUCACAAGCUAUGGAAAGAGUUUAAAAGAGGCUCCAAGAUGUCAAAUGAAUUUCUUCUGAUUCUUCGUGAUCUGUUUAUCAGGAACCAGAAUCUUGAAUGCUCAGAGGAAUUGCAAAAGAAACUGCACUGUACAAGAUUUAUAUGUGGUCUAUCAGAGUCAAAGAUCAUGCACGAUGACGGACAUAUUGAGGUUUCUUCUCUACACACGUCCUGUCUUGCACAUGCCCAGGGUAUAUGUCGAUUAUAUCCCUUUGCCUUGGCUGAACAGCAGCAUUUCCAGUGCAUUGUUAAGUUGCAGAUAAUUCUAACAACCUUCACUAAUGGCAAGAUGAAGAAAGCUCAAGAACUGUUCAACAGUUUCUAUGAUGAAAAAUCAAGUCAAGAAGAGGAGUAUCAAGAAGAGCUACGAGAACUGCUAAAUUCUGAAAAUGAAAACUUACAAAAACAAAUUCUAGAGAAGUAUCCUUAUAACAAGUUCUUGAGAGAAGUGAUCAGUUUUCUCAAACCAGCAUUGGAAAAGUAUGAAUCUCCCUUUCUUGAAAAGUUUGAAGAAUCCAUGAAUUCAGAAUGUAAUGACAGGACCUCUCAUUCUAUUCUCAAAAUCUACCAUGACCAUGUCAUGUGUACCAGUGUUGAAGAAAGUGAAUCUUCCUGGGAUAGUAUUAUCAACGAGAAUCACCCAGAUAUCAAAGCAUUUAAAAAGAGGAAGUUCCCAUUAAAAACAAAAGAACCAAAACAAAAUAACACACCUAAUACUAGAAAGACAAAAGACUCAUCCUCGACAUCAAAUCAGAAGAACACUGAUUCUGAAAGGAAUACUUCAACGGAUGACAAUGAAUCAGAUGAAAACACAGAAGAAAGGACUAAACAAGAUAAAAACAUAGAAGAAAAGACUAAGCAAGUGCUUUCCAAGCUGAAAACAUCAUCAAAAGAUCUAAAUGAUCAUGUUCAGUCCAGAAUGAAACUUUCCAGCAAAAGAAGUCCAUUUAACAAGAAAAGAUGGAAUCAACAUCAAGAUGAUGCAGAAAGCAUUACAUGGUCAGAUUCAGAUGAAGAUAACAUUCCAUCAAUCACGGCUGGUUUACCAUCCCCUAAAAGAUGCUUAAAUAUUUCUUUACCAAAACCUCCAAAACGCCGCAAGAAAAACCCUUGGACAGAGGAAGAGUUAUCAUGGUUAUGCAAAGGCGUCGACAUAUAUGGAGAGGGAAAUUGGGCUAAAAUUUUAAGAAUGUAUAGUUUUAGAUUUCGUACUAGUGUGGACUUGAAGGACAAGUGGAGAAACUUUAGCAAGACAUUUUAGCUAGCUUCAAUAUUGUUAAAAUUCAUUUUGUGGUACCUCAUGAACAUGUGUAAUAUACUUUAAUGUCCUACUUUUUAUUACUUGUUUCUGUGUAUAUAUUUCUUAAUCUUUUUGGUUUAUCAAAUGAAGAAGAAAGAAAAAUAAAUC